AUGUUUAAGCUGCAGGGGCUGGGCUCAGCAGACCCGGAGAUGCGCGCCUUCUGUGUCGGGGCUCUGCUGGCCUGCGAGGCCUUUGUGCACCCGCGCUCCCAGAGCCCAUGGCCUGCCGCCGCCUCGGCCGCGCCUGCCGUCACCGGCCCUGCCGUGCCCAGCACCAGCUACCUGGGGGUGCCGCGCAUGUGGUCUGCCAUCUCACCCGUCCCCGUCCCAACAGGCCCAGAGCAGGAGGCAAUGCGCCAGAUGGAGGCAGCAAGCCAUCCGGGGUUUGAUCAUCCCAUGCACAUCAACGCUGUGAUGGCCGCUGGAAAAGGUGCUCACAUGGGUGGCGGCCAGGCACAGCCCAUACAGGCAGCUGAAUCCAUCAUGCGGGGUGAGCAAAGGGCCUGUAAGGAGCAGCCAAGAGGCACUGGCCCCGGCCGCUCAGGAGGAAACAAGCAGCGAUAG